AGUGACCCACUAACUCCCAUCCACAAUAAGCCUCUAUACAACUUCGAUAUCCAUCGUAUUUCCAUGCAAAACACACAUUGAAUUCAUCCAAAUCCCAUGGAAGCACUUUGGAAUUUAGAAGAUAAAUGGAACUUUUCAACACAGAAAGCUGUCAUCUUCUGUGCUUGUACUGCAUUUCUUGUUGUGGUGAUCGUCGGGUUUUGUGUCACAAUGGCCUUGAGGAAGAGGGCUAGAAAUGACAUUGAAGAACGUGGUGCUGUGGUUGAGUCGGGUGUGCCAAAAGGGGUAAGGGUGAAAAAGGGGUUGACUGGGUCUGUUAGGUGGAGUAAGGCUAGUAAAUGGGAUGGGAAUUUGACUGCAAGUAGGAAAGAACAGCCCACACCCUUGCUUGCUAGAGGUGGCGGUGAGGUGGGGUGGCCAAGUCAUAAUGCUCUGUCUCCAGUGUGGCAACGGCCUAUACUUAUGGGUGGGAAGUGCGAGUUUCCGAGGUUUAGUGGGCUCAUUCUUUACGAUGAAAGUGGAAAACCGCUUGAUCAAGGUCACUCUGUUGUUGAUAUCCAGGAACAGUCUACGACAGGAACUACUUUGCGGGAUCUUCUUCUAUAGUUCAUUUUCAGCAUUCGUUGUUGUUGGUAUCAAUAUACGCGUGUAAUUAGUCACUUUUUUCUUCUGAGAUCUAGUAAAAUUCUAUACAGAAGAUCAUCUGCCCAGUA